AUGGCGUCCCGCACGAUCAUUCUGAGAUUCGAGAGCCGAAACGGACAAUUUCGCCUGAAUGUUAGCCCACAAGACGUGUUUCCCUCGCUAGAGACAAAGAUUCUGGAGCACCUUCCUUCAGACAUUGAACCAUCUUCGAUCAAACUCUCCAACAAACCCAUUGGCGCCGCCGGCGACGAGCGGCCUUUGAACACAUUGGAAGGGGUCUCGUUUGAGCAGGUCGGGCUUAGGCAUGGUGACAAGCUUUACAUUGGAUAUCAGUCCAAGCAGGAUCUCCAAGAUGGCUUUAGUAAUGGAGUAGCGGCUGGAACAUCUGCGAGACGUCUGAACGGAGCCCCAAUACCUGAAGAGAGUACACCCGCUUCUCGAUCACACCCUAGUAACAUCGCCUCAGUUACGGUCAAGAAUCCAUGGGAAGCUGUUAGGCAGUCGGCUCUUGAUGACCGCCUGGAGAAGAAGGAUGGAAAGAUUCAUCGGCCUCGUGAUAAUAAGAUGUGCAAACACAGUGCGAAGGGCAUGUGCGAUUACUGCAUGCCUCUCGAGCCUUACGACCCGAAGUACCUCGCAGAGAAGAAGAUCAAGCAUCUGUCGUUCCACUCGUACCUGCGCAAGAACAACGCUGCAACAAAUAAACCCGAACUUAAGAGCUCCUUCAUGCCACCUCUCAACGAGCCAUACUAUCGGGUAAGGCCAGAUUGCCCGUCCGGCCACCCACCCUGGCCCGAAGGAAUCUGUACCAAGUGCCAGCCUAGUGCGAUCAGCUUGCAGCCCCAGGAAUAUCGCAUGGUCGACCAUGUAGAAUUCUCUACGCCUGAUCUAAUCAACUCGUUACUUGAUUUCUGGCGAAAGUCAGGCACGCAGCGUCUGGGCUAUCUUUACGGCACAUACGAGGAGUACUCAGAGGUUCCUCUUGGAAUCAAGGCUGUUGUGCAAGCAAUCUAUGAACCUCCACAGGUGGAUGAAGUUGACGGAGUCACUCUCCAUGAUUGGGAGAACGAGAAAGACGUAGAUGAAGUUGCUCAUCUUUGCGGUCUCGAAAAGGUCGGGGUUAUUUUCACCGAUUUACUCGAUGCUGGGCGGGGAGACGGUACCGUGCUCUGCAAACGGCAUAUUGACUCGUAUUAUCUAUCCUCUCUCGAGAUUGCGUUUGCGUCACGUUUGCAGAUGCAGCACCCCAAGUCAACGAGGUGGAGUCGAUCCGGCCAAUUCGGCUCUAACUUUGUGACCUGUGUUCUAAGCGGUGACGAAGAGGGUGCCAUUACUAUCAGCUCCUACCAGGCUUCAGUUGCCGCAGUGGAGAUGAUUAGGGCCGACAUUAUCGAGCCCUCCGCAGAGCCGUCUGUAAUGCUGGUUCAAUCAGAAGACGAUGACGGCAAUAAAUCGCGGUAUAUACCUGAGGUGUUCUAUCGGAAGAUCAAUGAGUAUGGGGUAUCUGCCCAGGUAAACGCAAAACCAGCCUUCCCAGUAGAGUACCUUCUGGUUACUCUGACCCACGGUUUCCCUACCGAAUCCAAGCCGCUUUUCAUUGACAGCACAUACCCUAUUGAGAAUCGCGAGGUCAUUGGUGAAGGACAGGAAUUUCGUCCGCUUGCUCGGAAGCUCGUUUCCCACGGCGAUCCUGACAAAGCAAUCCGAGCGGUAUCUGACUUCCAUCUUUUGUGCUUCCUUCGCACAUUUUCCACCUUCAGCAAGGAAGAGGAAGCACUACUUUGCCGUGUAGCCACGACCCAGAACCCCACAGACGGACUGCAACUUAUCAAUACCCCCGGAUGGGCAACGUUAGUCACUAUUCUUCAGGACAGCGGUGAGCGGCCCCCCAAGCGUCCCUGGCUGGACCCUCUACACCCUGUGCCCCAAUCCGGAAGACGUUACCCUUCCUCCUCCUCAAGACCCGAGUCUCCUAGAUCAGAGAGUGAGCAGCUUGCUAAGAGGUUCAAGGGAGCUAGUCUAAGGUGA